AUGGAAGCAUUGGGUAACCUCGGACGUAGCCAACUUUUGUUAAUCGCUACAGGGGUCGCUAUACUAGGCUACGUCUAUACUAUCUUCAGCAACCCCCUGAGAAGAAUACCAGGUCCUUGGUAUACGUUAUGGACCUACACUAUUUUCAAGUACAAAGUUGUUACCGGUCAGCGGCCACAAUGGGUUCAUUCGUUGCAUGAGAAAUAUGGCCCCGUCGUUCGCAUAACUCCUAAUGAGGUCAGCAUACAAGAUGUGAAUGCCGUCCUGCGGAUGUACCAGAUCAAGGGCGAGUUCCUCAAGUCGCACUUCUACAAGGAUUUAAUCCCAGAUGUCCAGAGUGUCUUCAGCACGACCGACGUCAACUAUCACCGACACCAACGAAGGCUCCUCGCGUCCGAGAUGUCAGAGUCGGGAUUGGCCCACCAUAUGGAUACGGUCGAAACUAAGGUUCGCAUGGCGAUUGAAAAUAUGGCCGAGGAAAUGGAGCAGCGCGGUGCUACGGAUGUGUAUCGUUGGUCAUUGUAUAUGGCCACUGAUGUGAUCGGCGAGCUCAGCUUCGGGUCUUCGUUUCGCAUGCUAGAAACCAAAGAGGAGAACCAGUAUGUCAAGGAUUUGAAGAUGAUAGGCUUUGCCGGUGGUCUGAGGUCAACGUUCCCUUUCCUCAUGAAAGUCCACCGGUAUAUAACGCUGCCUGUUCUGAGCACCGGGAUGCUGAUCCGGGAGCGCAUGCGCGGAUACGCGACGCAGUCCCUAGGCCGGCACUACAAACUAGUCGAAGAGCAAGGGCGCAACGCGAAGCCGACGCUUCUAUCCAAGCUGUACCGGGCUACGGAGGAUGACCAUGACACGCUGCCCUUCGAGGACCUACUUCAGAAUGCCAUGGCGUACAUCGCGGCCGGAAGCGACACUACUACGAACACCCUGACGUACCUCAUCUGGACCGUGUGUAAACGCCCCGACGUCAAGGCGAAGCUGGUAGCGGAACUGAGCACGCUGCCGGAUGGCUUUACGGACCAUGACCUCAAGAAGCUCCCCUAUCUCGAAAUGGUCGUCCAGGAGACCCUGCGCUUAUACGCCGCCGCCCCUUCGGGUCUCCCUCGCGUCGUGCCCCAGGGAGGCGCUACUCUGACCGGCCACUUCAUCCCCGGCGGCUACACGGUCUCGGCGCAGGCGUACAGCAUGCACAGGAUCCCGUCCGUCUACCCCGAGCCGGAGAAGUACGAUCCCUCGAGAUGGGCGAAUCCGACGAGAGCGAUGAAGGACGCGUUUGUGCCGUUCGGCGGAGGGAGUCGAAUCUGCAUUGGUUUACAUUUAGCGAAGAUGGAACUGCGUCUCGCGACCGCGCGGUUCUUCACUCGGUUCCCCAAUGCCACUACCUCGUAUCUAGAUGGAUUCACGGACAAGGAUAUGGAGCCUGUGAUGUUCUUCCUUAUGUCCCCGAAGGGUCAGCGCUGCUUAAUUAAUGCCCGUUAAGGCAGGCUGAGGGCGCCUGUUUAACUACAUUUUUAUAGGAGGUAGCCUUGUAGAGAGAGAGGGGGGGAGGAGCAUGUUGGAAGAAUAGUCACUGUAUGCUGACGAAGUGUAUAUGCCAAUAUGAUGAGAUUGCGCUGUCUAACAUAUUAAGCGGUUCCGCUACGACGGGAAAGGUUUGUACGAUCUCAGCCGUGUUGUAUAUCUACGGAAAGACGGUCGGAGAUGCACAUAUAGUAUAAUAAGAUGUUCAAUAGCUCGUCUCUGCGG